AAAAAAGAAAAACAAUUAUUUUGGUAAUAAUUAUUACACGCAAAAUGAAACGAUUGGCGAACGAAGACCUCCGCCGCCUUCAGCUACCAUUUGAUUUUGGAUUCCUUUCUGCAAAACUCUUUGUUAAGUUAUAGGCUGAAGACUAUAACUCUGCAAAAUUGAAUCAAAACGCAAGAGGGAGAUAGUGAAGCAAGAACCAUGGACGGUGUAGAUAAGGAAAGGAAGAGGAGGAGUUUCAAGGAAUGGCUGGGAUUUAAGGUCAUGGGAUGUUGUGGGUCUAACUGGGGUUUCGGGUCAACGACCUUGAGUCUCAGGGACGAAGAUGAAGUUGAAAUAGAACAAGUACCAGCAACGAAUUCGGAUCCAGGGGUUACAUCGCGGUUGGUGGAGGCGAACGGCGGAGACAGGGCGGAAGAAAAAGAGAAAGGGACAAGCGUGGAACCGGGGAGUGAUUCGAUAUGCUGCGUUUGCAUGGAGAGGAAGAAAGGGGCGGCGUUGAUCCCGUGUGGACACAUUUUUUGCAGGGUGUGUUCGAGGUUGCUGUGGGUGAAUCGAGGGUCCUGUCCCCUCUGCAACCGUUCGAUCCUCGAUAUUCUUGACAUUUCUCCUUGCAGCCGUUCGAUCCGCCAGAUUCUUGACAUUUUCUAAUACGUCUUCUCUCUUUUUGACGUUUGUUAAUGGCCGAUCAAUACAGAACAUGUCGACGAAGAUGGUGCUUCGAGAUCGUAGGAUAAUGGAGAACGAGGACAGGAACCCGAAUGAGCAUAAUAAAAUCAAAAUCAGAUUAGGAUUAUGUUCAAUUGGGCCAGGCCUUGCUGUAAUUUGUGUGAAGGGCAUAUUCAAUUGUGAGAA